GUCACUCCAAAAACCCACAGAUUUUAGUUUUAUUCCUUCAAAAAGAAAAGAAUACCCAGAGAUUUAGGCUUUUUUGCUUUUUGACCACCAUUAUCAUACAGAUACUCAAGUGUCUCUUCCAUGCUGCAACACUGAUGGAUGGAAAUGGUGAACAGAUAGCAAUGAGUACGGAGCACGAAGAAGUGCAUUUACAUCAAUAACACAACAUUAACAUAAACAACACCUAAAACAAAGGGGUCCCACUUUCUUCCUUCCUUAAAACUUUCCCUUCCUAAAUUUCCUUCCUUUUUUAGACUUUAAUCAAUGCUUAUUGUUAAGAAACCUAAUUUUCUGGCCACCUUCCACUUCUUUAAACUCCCAUUUACUGCUUUAUUUAUCAACAAUCAAUAACACCCAUUUCUUACAAAAGAUGAAGUCCUCCAAAUUUGUGACUUCCAUUGGUCCUAAGAGACGCAGAUCCUUUUCUUGCAAGUCCAUUCCUACUCUAGCUUUGCUCUGCGCUGCUGUCUUCAUUGGUAGUGCAUUUGUUGUAACAGAUUAUAAUCAGAGACUCUCGCCACGGGACAUGCUAAAUAAUUUUCUGAGAACCAGACCUAAGAAGUGCGAGGGACAAUGCAGACCUAUUGGAACCGAGGGACUGCCUAAGGGUAUUAUUUCGAGCACUUCUGACUUACAAAUGCGACCACUGUGGGGUACACCUGCUAAGAAGAAAUCAAAUAUGAACUUGUUGGCCAUAGCUGUUGGUUUGAAGCAGAAGGGAAGCGUGGAUAAAAUCGUGAAGAAGUUUAUACGGUACAAUUUUGCCGUGAUGCUUUUCCAUUAUGAUAGUAAUGUGGAUGACUGGAGAGACUUAGAGUGGAGUACCAAUGCAUUGCACAUUGUUGCUGCCCAUCAAACUAAAUGGUGGUUUGCAAAGCGUUUCUUACAUCCUGAUAUCGUGUCUCAAUAUUCUUAUAUUUUCCUCUGGGAUGAAGACCUUGGAGUUGAAAAUUUCAAUGUUCAACGCUAUUUAAAUGUCAUUAAGAAAGAAAGGCUAGAGAUAUCACAGCCUGCACUUGAUCCAGAUAGAUCGGAGGUCCACCAUAUACUUACAGCUAGACAAAAGGGUGUGCUUGUGCACAGGAGUAUCAACAAGGUCCUUCCUGGUGGAAGAAAGUGUGAUACAAAUAGUACAGAACCUCCUUGCACAGGGUGGGUGGAGAUGAUGGCUCCAGUUUUCUCAAGAGCUGCAUGGCGCUGCGCAUGGUAUAUGAUUCAGAAUGACUUGGUUCAUGCAUGGGGUGUGGACUUCCAGCUUGGUUACUGUGUUCAGGGAGAUAGAACCAGAAAAAUUGGCAUUGUUGACUCUGACUAUGUUAUUCACUAUGGCCUUCCUACACUGGGGGGCACAGCAAAGAACAAGACUGAUACUGAGGUAACAAGCCACGCAGCUGAAAAAGCUUCUUCAUCGGACUCAUUGCAACAGGAAACUUCAACCACCAAUAAACCUGAUGCAAGAAAUGCAGUGCGUAAACAAUCAUUAACAGAUUUAGAGAGAUUCAAGAAUAGAUGGAGAAAUGCAGUAAAAAAUGACGAUAGUUGGACCGAUCCAUUUCAGCAACCUAUGAAGCAGAAUAGCUAAUAUAUUUACUUGAUCACAAAUAUCUUAUUCUUUCCCAUUGAAUUAUUUGAAGAUUUUGCAAAAGAGGUGAUGCACCAGGAAGCUGAGCUACUGCAGGAUAUAUGUCAGAUAAGCAGAUGGAGGUUUUGCCAUGAACAUAGUGUAUUUUUGAGCUUACCUAUACAAAUAUAGGAUGUGUAAAGUUGUAAUACCAUUCAUACUUUGUAAUGAAUCCAAAUUGAUUACCAAUAUAUGAGCUAGUUUUUUUUGGAUC